AUGGGAGGAAUUAUCAUUGCCGUAAACGUAGAGCUAGAAAAAAACGUCAAAAGUAUUCUGGGGCUAGACUUCUGCAAUGACUUUAGUACCCUUAUUUUUAAGAACUCGCAAGCUGUCUGCAUAAAUAAAAACUACUUCUUCUCCCUCGCGCAAAAGUACCUGACCACGGACGAGUUUCUUUCAAUCAAGAAUUCCUUAACAAAAUACAAACUAGAAGACGUAUUAAUUUUCAAAGAUUCGAAAAAAUACUACAAAGGAAAUCACGCCGUGGUUGUCGACGAGGAGAUAUUUUCCUACUUCCUCCAGAAAGGCAAACGCCCCGCCGAUCCAUCAGCAAACCAAAAUGGAACGGACAAACGGGAGCUAAGCUGCGUCUUCAUAAAGCCCCAAAAUUACCUUUCGUUGUACAAGCAACAAAUUGAACAGGAAAUAAAAGCAACUAGAGUCACAGAAAAUAGGAAGAAAUACAAAAAGUGUCUCUAUAUCAGCAAAAGAAAGAAUGUAGGAGCCGAGGUUCAGUUUACUCAGUAUGACCAUUUCAUACCCAUCAAGGGAAACGAACUGACCACUUCAGUGGUGCAGGCGAAAACGCUAGAUUUUUUCUCAAACAAUUCCAUAAUCCAUGAGGAAAAAAAUUGCCAGACGUACAAGGCAGUGUACAAAAAUUUAGGAGUACAGUACAACAUUGACUUUUUAAAGAAAAAAAAAGAAGAAAUAUUCAGAUCCAAUAAGCUCCAGAAAUUUCUUCAUAAGCUUUUCCCCGUCAUGGAAAAAUGCCUAAUUGAAAAUACCCUAAUUACGGAAACGAAUGAACAACCCAAUGCUCAAAACAUAGACAUACUGUCCUUCAAACAUGCCAAAAAAUUAAACAAAAUAUUUAUAUACACAGAUGUGAAAUAUACAACAGAUAAAGUAGUCUUGUUCACGCUGUACCUGCCCUUAAUAAACUACCUCAUCUUUAUAAUAUAUGUGAAUAAUUACAAAAACGACAAUUUUAUCGAAGGAGUCAACACGGACAGCUAUAUCCUCAUUUGGUCCUACUCCAACUACAUAAACCCUCUUUGCGCCUUGAUAUCUCCCUACGUAACCGAAAUGAGGAGCGCGUAUUCGGAGAGCGUUUCACGGCCCUUUUCCAGAGUUAUUUGGCCAAUAAAGCAGAGCGAAAUAGGAUGAAUGUCGUCAUUGCGGGAUGUAGCAACGGACUGGUUCGGAUCCUUUAUCGAUGGGACGAUACUCCUUUGGGACGCCACAAACAUAGAAAUAAUCGAAGUAAAAGUUAGCGCAAAGAAGAAAGAAAAAGAGUUAGUUGAUGACCUAUACAGCUUCAAGCCUCUGUUCAAAAUAAAUUCGACCAGACCCAACACAGAGUACUCAUUAGGCUUCACGUACUUCCAUUUUAUGGAAUUAAAUUGCAACGUGUCCUCUUUCUUUGCCUUUUCGGAAGAAGGAGAAUACGUAGUUGGAAACAUAUACGGGUGCAUGCAAAAGGAAAAAAAUUAUUCUAUUAUAAACAAAAUAAACGAUGACUACAAAAGCUUCAAGACGCUCAUAUGUGUAAAAAGAAACAACAUCAUGAAAUAUUUGAUUCUAACCUUAACUGAUACGAACUUUUCCCUGUGGAAAGAAAAUGAGGAGCAUCCCCUAUAUGUAUCACCCAAAAGCAACGAAAUAUACACCUGCUGCGAAUUCAGUCAAACCAAAAUAAGCGUCAUAUUCGUGGGAAAAAUAAAUGGACACAUAGAAAUAUGGAAUUUAAUGGAGCAAAAAAAUCACUGUAUGUACUCCCUAUCGAUCAGCAGCUACAGCUUGACAUGUAUUAGCAUCUUCCAAAAUGGUGACACUAGCAUAUUUAGUUCGGUGGAAAAAAAAAAUAAUGUCCAAAAGGAUCUGAAUGAUGACUUAUCCGGCGAAAAUUCGGAUACAUUUGUAGACACGAACGACUAUUUGAUGAGUAAAAAUGAAGAUGGUAGGAAAAAUUAAAUGACGCUAACUUUGAAUUCGCCCUUCCCAGGGGUUCAAAUUAUUUUUGUUGGGGGAAUCAUAAUUAGCAUAACUUCGAUUGUGCACCUGUACAUAUGCGUAGAUGCACAAAUCCAUUCGUACGUAUACAAGUAUUCAUACAAUAAGAUUAUCAUUGGCGACUCCAGCGGUUGUGUCUUUGUUUACGAAAUGGAAGAGAACCUGCUAAACUCGACCAAGGAAGAGAUCGACGAAUUUUUGCUAUGGGUUGAAAACAAGAUAUACGUGAACAAGGAAAAAGUGAGGAGGCAGUUCCAGCUCUGCGAGACAAAUGAACGGAAAGAGCAACUGAAGAAUAAACUGGAUGAAGACUACAAAAAUGCACUGGAAAAGUACAGAGGGUAUUUACUGGGGAAUAAAUUAUAA